UUAACUUCGGUUUAGUGUACGUAGUGGCUAAAUUUCUCGAACCAAACCGAAAAACCAAUUGUUCAAGCCUAUUGAAAAUCAUUCAGACAAUUUUUGCAGGGGAAUCUAAUAAAGUUGGGAUUUUUUUUUUGGUUUUAAAAAGAAAGUUGGGAUUUUUGAAGCGAUCUUGUUUCUCUACCAUGGAUGCUGCUAUCUUUACUUCCGUAUACGUUUGCAAUAUACCAAAGACGAAGAAGGCUUUCUUCAACCCGAAUCCGCCUGCUCUAUCUUCGUCUUCUUGUUGGCUCUGCAAUUCGCAAGCCAAGCAAAUCAUAAAACUGAGAAUCAGGGAAGGCUCGAAUCAGGGGCUUCUUCGUGUACAUGCUCUGUUUAACAACGAGGAGGCAUCAAGUGAAAGUGAAGAUAAGAAUGGGUUUGGUUUGCUACCUGCGGAUAUUUUCUCUUUGCCUCAGGAGAAGUUUGGAAGUAAUGUAAGUGGUGAAAAGGAUAGUGAAAAUAUAAUUGAUGUAGAGACAUCUCUUGCGGUUCCUCAUGGUGGAGGAACUCGAGCUGGGCUCUUUAGAACUCCGAUUUCUGGUGGUGUUCAAAGCGCAACCUCUGCUCACGGUUUACCUCGACCUGCUUUAGCUGUUAGGAACUUGAUGGAGCAGGCCAGGUUUGCUCAUCUAUGCACUGUGAUGUCUAAAAUGCACCAUCGUAGAGAAGGGUACCCAUUUGGAUCGUUGGUAGAUUUUGCACCUGAUCCGAUGGGGCACCCAAUAUUUUCAUUUUCACCGUUGGCUAUUCACACUCGGAAUAUCUUAGCUGAACCUAGAUGCACCCUCGUUGUUCAGAUACCAGGAUGGAGUUGCUUAUCGAAUGCAAGAGUAACAUUAUUCGGCGAUGUCUACCCAUUGCCAGAAGAGCAGCAAGAAUGGGCCCAUAAGCAGUAUAUGUUGAAGCAUCACCAAGGACCUUCCCAACAAUGGGGAAACUUUCACUAUUUUAGAAUGCAGAACAUAAGUGAUAUAUAUUUCAUUGGAGGUUUUGGCACUGUCGCGUGGAUCAAUGUCAAUGAGUACGAGACUCUUCAGCCAGAUAAGAUAGCUGUUGAUGGAGGUGAGCAAAAUCUGAAGGAACUUAAUGCAAUCUUCUCAAAGCCACUUAGAGAGUUAUUGUCUAGUGAAGCCGAGCUAGACGAUGCUGCUAUCAUUUCUAUAGAUAGCAAAGGGAUUGAUAUAAGGGUUCGUCAAGGUGCUCAGUUUAAGAUACAAAGGCUAGCCUUUGAGGAAAGUCAUGGUGUUGAGACUUUAGAAGAAGCCAAAUCUGCACUGUGGAAAGUGAUAGAGAAGGGCAAGUUGCACAAUUUGCAGAAAUGACCCAAACGUUUCAUGGAUUUGUGGAAAUGACACAAAGCUUUGAUGAAGAGAGCACCAUGCAAAAUCUCAAUUUAGCUUUCUCGUUGAUUAAAUGGAAUAUAGACUAGUAGACUGUGAUAAGAAGUAUGUAAUGAGAUAAUGGAAAAAAUGUAUUUUCAUCACGAGAAGAAAAUGCAGUUAUUGAAGUGUAGGGCUAGAAACAAAGGCUCUCAAAAAUAUGGGGGUUGGUUUCAAAGUUUCGAAAAGUUUUGUGAUUUGUGAAAUAGUUGGAUAAAUAUGCAAUUUAUUUUAUUA